AUGAGCCACCUCGAUAACCCCGUCACUCUUUUGAAGGAGAUCCUGGUGAGGAUUCCACUCAUUUUAAAGACGGCCCUUCUACAUGCAGUCCAUAUGUCCCCCGGCUCUGGGAAACAAGAUCUUCGCACCGAGUUGACCGUCGCCAUUAUCCGCUCGUUUAUCAACUUCAAGCUCCCCGUCAGCAAGCAGCAGAAGGGCAGUAUGCGCGACCCAGGCAUCAAGGGUCCCAUGUGGGUGUCCAAGGUCACGUUGCCUCGGCCGGAGAACGAUGUCCAGGAUGCAGUCAUUAAAGCGAUUGAGGAGCUGAAGUCCGGGGAUGAGACGUAUGAUAUUCCCGGAGUCGCACCUGUCGAGGCCGAAUGGACUGGGUAUCGCAAGGGCGUGGACAAGAACACGCCACAGCCUGAUAUCUCGGAAGAGGAGAAGUACAGGAAGUUGCGCAGUGACUCCGAUGCGGAUAUGGUCAUUUUGUACUUCCACGGAGGAGCGUAUUUCCUCAUGGAUCCCUGUACACAUCGCGUUGCAGUAUCUCAGCUCUCCAAGCACACAGGGGCCCCUGCUCUCUCGGUUCGAUACCGUCUGGCGCCCCAGCAUCCCUUCCCGGCGGCGCUGGUCGACGCCUUCGUCGCGUAUCUCUCGCUCCUCGCGCCGCCCCCGGGCUCGCUGCAUGACCCCGUGCCCGCCAACAAGAUCAUCCUGGCUGGCGAUUCCGCUGGAGGCAACUUAUCGCUAGCUCUGCUUCAGACCCUUCUGACUCUUCGUCGCGUUUCCCCCACCGUACGCUUCCACGGCCAGGACGUACGCAUCGAGCUCCCCGCAGGCGUCACGACAAGCUCCCCCUGGUGCGACAUCACAAGGUCCAUGCCCUCCGUCUUCCACAACGCGCGCUACGACUACCUCGACCCACCCAGCCAGACGCCAGACAAUACGUUCGUCCCGCUUCCCAUUCCCGAAGACGAGAUCUGGCCGUGCAGUCCUCCCCGCGGCGACUUCUUCGUCAACGCCAACGCCAUCCUGCACCCGCUCGUCUCUCCGCUCGCCUCCCGCGGUGAGAUCUGGAAAGACGCCCCGCCUAUCUUCAUUUCUCUCGGUGAGGAAGCGCUGACGGAUGAGGAUCUGCUACUCGCGCGCAAGCUGCACCGUGCUGGUGUGCCUGUGGUCGUGGAACAGUUCGAGGGGAUGCCGCAUGUUUUCGGUUAUGUUAUGAUUGGCACGCCGGCGGGUAAGCGGUUCUACAAGGGCGUGGCAGACUUCUGUCGUGAUGCGGUGGCAGGUCGCGUUAGAAGUUCGGGGAAUCUGACGUAUAUCGGGUUCAAGCUGCGAGCGACGAAGGAGAUUCCCCUAGAGAUGGCCGUGACCUUGAGUGAUGAGGAGGUGGAUCGGUUGCUGCGCAGGACGGCGAACUGGCGGCUGGAAGGUGAGAAGGAACUUCAACGGCAGGUGAUGGAGAGGGCAAAACUGUAG